AAAGCAGGAAGUCACACACAGUUUAUGAAUUUGGUGGGUGUGGAUGUGGGUCUGAGUGUGAGUGUGUGACUAAACAGGAAAAGAUAUCAGAGAUGGAUAGAGUGGGGAGAAUCAAGUUGGGCUCUCAAGGGCUGGAAGUGUCCGCCCAAGGAUUGGGCUGCAUGGGGAUGUCAGCCUUCUAUGGACCUCCAAAGCCAGAGAAAGACAUGAUCGCUCUCAUCCACCAUGCCAUCAACUGUGGCAUCACCCACCUUGAUACCUCCGACAUCUAUGGCCCCUUCACUAAUGAAAUCCUACUGGGAAAGGCUUUGAAGGGAGUAAGAGAGAAAGUGGAGUUGGCUACCAAGUUUGGGAUCAGAGGUAUUGUCGAUGGAAGGAUGGAUGURUGUGGGGAUCCAGCUUAUGUGAGGGCAUCGUGCGAGGCCAGUCUAAAGAGACUUGACGUUGAUUGUAUCGAUCUCUAUUACCAGCAUCGCAUUGAUACCAAAAUUCCUAUUGAAGUUACUAUGGGAGAACUUAAAAAACUAGUAGAAGAAGGAAAGAUAAAAUACAUUGGAUUAUCUGAGGCCUCUGCUUCGACAAUCAGGAGAGCCCAUGCUGUCCAUCCAAUAACAGCACUGCAGUUGGAAUGGUCCUUGUGGGCAAGAGAAGUGGAGAAAGACAUAAUUCCUACCUGCAGAGAGCUUGGUAUAGGGAUUGUCGCAUACAGCCCUCUUGGAAGGGGAUUCUUUUCAUCAGGGCCCAAAGUUGUCGAGAAUUUCACUGAGAAUGACUUCCGAAGGAAUCUACCAAGGUUCCAACCUGAGAAUCUUGAACAUAACAAAUCCGUAUUUGAUCGUGUAAAUGAAAUUGCUACAAGAAAAGGAUGCACCCCAUCACAGCUUGCAUUAGCAUGGGUUCACCACCAGGGAAGCGAUGUAUGUCCAAUACCAGGCACCACCAAGAUUGAAAAUCUGAACCAGAAUAUUGGAGCCUUAUCUGUCAAACUAACACCAGAAGAAAUGGCUGAACUUGAAUCCCUUGCUUCAUCAGAUGCUAUAAGGGGGGAAGGUUAUAUAACCACAGAAUUGACAUGGAGGGUAUCUGAAACUCCCGAUCUAUCUACAUGGAAUGCUUGAUUUGUCUGAAGAUUUUCAUUCUCAUAAAUCAUGGGCCGAUCUUAUCUAUAUUUGAUCUUAAAAUAUGCAUCUUAAUGUCUAUAGAGUGUGUAUCAUUGAGAUUUAAAGGACUAGCUAAACUAUGGUCCCUAAUCUCAGGUUAAAACAAUAAUGGCUAGCACUUUUGUUUAUUUGGUCUUCUGGAGUAUGUUAAAUCAAUAAGUUUUAUUUCUUAGAAUUAAAUUCGGACAUAUACAUUCAUAUCUAUAUCUUCUAUGUAUUAAAAUGGAAUGUAAUAAGCUGGCACUUUCUUGCUUUCA